GUCAAAUGCAAAUGUGCACUCAAUGGUUGACCAUCUGACAAUGACAAGUGCAGCUGUUGGGUAAGGAUCUAAACCUUCCUUAUUUCAGAUGGAGCGUUUUGCCUUUUUAUACGCCUGGAUUUACAGAUUUGGAUUUACAGAUUUCUAAAAACUGAGAAAGCUUUGACAUGGGCUGUUCCCCUUCAAGAGGAAAUAACUUCAAUGGAGCACAGGGACCAUUCAGCAAAGGGAAAACAUUGUUGCCAGGGACGAAGGGAACCGCAGAGGACGGACAAUCUGAUGAUGGAGGAAGCUCUGGUAGUGGGGAGACAGAUGGAGAAGCUUGUGAAAAGAGGACUAUAGGAGAAAAGAGGUUGGACAGUGAUACAAUUUCUGUUCCUUUAGUCAAAAAACAACCUGUAGGUGAACCAGGAGCAGCAACGAUUACCUCAGAAAGAUUGAACACACAAGAGAUUACAAUAAAUUUAUCAUCCCAAAGAAAAGAGAAACACACAGAAAAGGAAGAUGAAAAGAAAUAUGAGAAAAGGGGUGCAAGGAAAACAAAGAAUCAGAAAAAUGCAAAACCAAGCAAAAAGAAAGAUAAGGGGAGAAAAUCUGCAACUGAGAAGAAGGUGGACUUUCCAGAGCAACUUGUGAAAGCCCAUCAAGCAGCAUAUGGAUAUCUUAAUCCCAGUAUUGACAAAUACGAAUUGCUUUUGGGCUUAUUAGAUCAUGCAGCACAGACUCACAUUUCUUUGCAGCCCAUGGUUGCUUUCAUGGCUCUGCGGUAUGAAGAGGUCAACCAAGUGUUAGAAGAAAUUGUUGAAGAAGGAGAGAAGCUUUUAAAAGCCCAUGGGGGACAUUUGGCUUGGCCAUCCAAUACAAAAAAUCGUUCUUCAUCUGGCAAACCCAGUAACACUGAACCCCCACCUGACUUACUUCAACAGCUACUUCAGUAUACCGUCCAGAGGAUGUGUCUUGUGGGACAAUCAGUGAUGGGGAUUGGAGACAAAGCCCUUGAGGACGCAGUGGAUUAUUUUUCAUCCAUCUCUGAAAUCCUAGAAAAAAAACUGAAUGCAAAGCAUGCAGCUGAGGCUAGGCUAAUGCAGCUGCUAACUAGAAUUGAAGUUGCAUCAUUACAACCUGGACCUGAGGACUCUACAUUGCUUAGUGAAGACAGUGGCAUUGGUGUAGAAAGUGAGUCACUGGCUGGAUCAGACAGACAGCGCCACCGCAGAGAGAGCUGUGAAUCAACUGAAUCCAGUCACACAGUUAUUUACAGUCCUGGACACUCUACCCCCAUCCACCAAGGCUCCUCUAAACAUCAGCUUAAUCAAAAAAUCAACUACAGUAGCUCUGUAACCUCCAUCGACUCCACUUGUACCUAUACAGGUAAAAUAUUCAGAGAUACAGAGUCUUUGCUUGGUUCUGCCUCCUUGGAUGAUGGUGAGGGAGAAGAAGAGGACAAUAGUGAGGGCAAUGAGGAAGAACAUUGUGAGGUUAAAAUGAGGAUGCGAUCAAGCUCUUCUCCACCUGACCCUGGCCAUCAAACACGAUGCAUGCCUACAAAGCGGAUAGAAAAACCACAAAAUGUAGAAAUUACAUUAAAAAUGAAGGAUGCCAUUAGUGAACGGAUUAAUUUUGUUUCCUCUCAGCACACUGGAGACAUUAUAAAGCCUGGAAUCUCAAAGACCAAUGACCAGCAGUGGAUGGAAGAGGGGGAAAAAAGUCCCAAAAGACCACAAUCAGCUAUUCAUCAAGCACCUAAGAAAAAAACAGUUACAAAACAGCAUCGUUCAAGAUCAGCAGAGUCUCUUCGCAGUAAAGCAGAUGAUCCCACACUUCUUGAACUGGAAAGAGCGCAAAAAGAGUUGAGUAAGAGGUUGGAAAAAAUGAGAACAGUCAGAACUGGACAAAAUGUAAAAAAAGAGAUUUCAAAGCAAAGAAAGCAAACACUGUCUGGUCAACUACAGCCUUUAAAUGCAUCUGCAUCAAAUAGUCAUCAAAAGGGACUCAGUGAAAGGAUAGUUACAGGAAAUCAGGAGGAAGAAAAGGAUAAAAAGAAGAUCUUUAAAACUGCCAAAGGACCCAUGAAGGCAACAUCCCAUCGAAGUCCACCAUCAUCACCCCAACAACUCUUAGCAAUGUGCCCCAGAGGAAAUUCUGUCAAAAAACUGAUUGACACCUUCAGUCAGGGAAUGGAGGAAAGUAAACAGUUUCAUGAAAGUUCACAAGGUCUUGGACCUCUUAAAGGGGUUAGGAAGUAUGGGAUUCUGGUCAUCCCAGGUUUGGGAAAUGAAGAUACAUUUUCAUGCAUUAAAAAUGACAACAAGAACACUCAAAGGGACUCUACAACCUUGGAGAAUCAAGAUGAUAUUGACUUGGACAAACUACCGCCACCUCCUCUAGAGGUCCUCAUGGAUAAUUCUUUUGAAAAUGUAGAAAUGAGCAAAACAGAUGAAAAAUUUAACAGAAGGGGACGGUCCACCCUGCCAAAGACAACCAGCAUGUCUCAAAGGCUCCGUACCUCCACGCAAUCUGUUACAGUACUACCUAGCAAGGGAAGUGUGAGAAAGAGUUCUCACAGCAUAUUGCCUGCACAAAAUAUUGCCUUGCACCCCAGUGGGGUGGCUAAGAACAGCCAAGUUACUUCCACACCUAAUGCAGAUCUGAGGAAUGAGGAGACUGCCUCGCUUUACAAACAGGCUCGGAAAAUUAUCCACUUGCGGUAUUCAUCUGAUUCUCCCACAGAGAAACCUUCUGGUGACAAUGACAGCAUUCAACAGCUCACUCAAAGCGGUACUGAAAGAAAUCAGAGGGAAAAAAAGAUCCCUGAACCACUGCCUUCUAGUGCAACAGCUGGAAAUCAAUCACCUGGCACUCCAGCUAAAUCCAGGACCCGCAUGUUACCUUCUACACCUGUUGUACAUAGGAGAUUACCCAGUCCUCCUGUGUUUAAAAAACAACCAUUUUCUUCUAGCUCAUCCAGUCCAUUAAUAUUUCGCAAACUUCCUACCCCACUACCAGCCAACCAACAUACACUACCUACUACCCCCACUUCUCGAGAUGCCAUGCCAAGUGGCAUUUCUACCUAUGCUUUUAAGGCACCAUCUCCCCCUGCCUCACCAAAAGUGCAGCGAUGGUCUCGAGAUAACAAUCGUGAGGACACUGCUUCAAGAGUAUUUAGCAAUGCUCAGUCAGUUUUUUGUCCAGCGUCACCAUCUUUGUUUGAGGCACAACCAUUUCUGGUACCUAAACCCCCACAGGCAUGGACCUCCUCUGGAAGUAGUAUACUACCUCGCCCAUGGGGUGAGUGUGGUAGGCUGCCUGUGUCUAUCCGAGGGCCACAGUCUUUCAUUCGGCGUAGUCAGUCUGACAGAAGACCCAGUCUCAGCCUUACACCUAGGGCAUCAGUAGUAUCUAUUGCACAGUCCUGUGGAAGUGAACCAACUAUCAGUACCCAAGGGCUGGAAGAUGGUCCAAUCAGAGACACCUGGAACAAGCAGCCGGAGCUCAGAGGAGCUAAUCGUUCUUCCUCGCACCCAGACCUGUGCAUUGUGGGUCAGGCCUUACAAUGUGAAUGAGAGACCUGAAGAAGAGACAAGUAGGAUUAUGGAUUAGCAAACAUAAAUGGGAUUAGGUUUUCCAACAGAAUGGGGAGGCUUAUUGCUAAGAAUCCUUUUUUAUUUUAUCUGACUGCCUUUAUUAUUUAUGUAUAUUUCAAAAUAAAAUUACAUAUUCAUGAAA